CUCUCGCAGUGUGACAUCCUCCCAAUUCAUGCCCCUCCCUCUUCCAUGGCCUCCGCCUCUUCCCCAUGCCAUCGCCUCCUUCCGCCGUCCUCCUCCCCUUCCGUCGACCCCUGCUCCGCCGUAGCAUCCGCCUCCCACCCUCCCGAUCUCCCCUUCUCCAUGACUGACGAUCAACCUGCCUCGCCGCCCUCCGCCGCUGACGGAUCCUCCCCCCCAGUGGACGACCCUCGCCCCUCUCCGCCACCGGCCGAACUCUCGCUCCGAAAAACACGCUUUCCCCGCGCCUGCACCUCCCGAUCCCACUCCGUCGCCGCCGCUGCCCGACCCCCGCAGCCAGAGCGCCGCCCUGUGACACGCCGGGAAAAGGAGGAGCAGCAGCAAACCGGUAGAGUGAUCACCCCGCUCCUCGAGCCUCCGCUUCCGCCUCAACUUCCCCGCUGGGAGCUCCGUUCCAUGUGGGAGCUUGCCUCAAUCUUCAACUUCCUUCAUAUUUUCAGACCGCUGCUGAACAUUGCCGCAGAGUUCUCAGCUGAAGAGCUCGAGACGGCGCUUUUGACGGCGAGCAGCACGCUGGAUGACGUGCACAUGCCUUUGCUAAAGGCUAUCCCUCCGGUAACUCGCAUGGCUCUAGGGCGCACAACUUGGGUUACUGUGCUUUGCAGAAAAUUAAGAGAUUGGUGGCACUGGGUUGCUGAGGGUGAGAUCCCAAUUGUUGCAUCCCAUGGGACGGAAAUUGAGAAAUAUAGAACACUUCAACCCGGGACAAGAGUGUUGAUUUUAAAAGCACUCUGUGAUAUCCGUGUUGAGCAAGAGGACAUUCGGAAUUUCAUUGAUAGUUCUUUGAAACAUGGCAUCCAACUCUCAGCUUUCCGUAAAGAAAGAAUUGGUGGUGAUUCACAUGGGAUUUCCUAUUGGUAUGAAGAUGAUCCUAUUGUUGGUCACAGAUUAUACCGUGAAAUAAGACGAGUUGAGACAAAAAACACCAGGGCAAAGGGAUCUUCAUCAAUCUCCCUUGUUUCUUUGCAGUGGGAAACUGUUGCAACCAACUUAGAUGAAUUUCAAGAAGUAUCUGACAAACUCUUUUCCAGUAAGAAUAGAACAGAAGUCUCUCUUGGGAAGAAGUUAAAAAUUGACUCCCUGCCAGAGAUUGAGAGAAUUCACAAAAAAAAGGAGAAGCUGUUGAAAAAGCAGCAAAGAGAAGCCAUCCUCCUUGAUAGCUUUUUUACAGCAGAUGGGAUUUCAUCAGGCCGUUCCCUUCGUGAUAGAAAACCUGUCACAUAUACAUUUGAUGACUAUGAUCGCUCUAUUAGUGAAGCUAUUAAAAUAACCAAGAGAAGACAAAGCUCUCCUGACACUAUUGUUAAAAAACCAGUUACUGAGAAGUCUGAGAUAACAGCAAAUGGUAAAUGGAAUGGUUCUUCUCAAAUAGAACCAACUAAUGAUGAUGACAUGGAGUCUCCAAAGUCAAAUGACUAUGAAGAAACCGAUGAUGACCUGCAAGAUGAGACACUUGAUCGCAGCAAUAGGAGAAGGAAAAGACCACAGAGGUAUUCAGAAAAGGAUUUUGUGGAUACUGUUUCAGAUUUUGAUGCAGAUAUGGACAGUGACGACGACAUAGUAGGAGAAGCAGUAUAUGACGAGGAAUAUUUGAGAAGUAGAAAACAGCGAAAGGUAUCUAGUGGUUCGGAAGGUGAUGAGGAGUAUCGAUGGGAGGAGGAAAAUGCAGAAGAUGAGGAAGAAGAGGAAUAUUCUUUAAGUACUAGUGAAGAUAUGGAUGGGGAACAAUGUAAAAAAAGUUUUCCAAGUCGGACUAGGCAAGACAAAAAAUUGAGGUCAGUUGAACUCCAGACAGGCCUAAGACGCAGUAAGCGAGCAGUGCGAUCACGCAUAAAUUACCGACAGUAUGAACUUUCUGACACAGAUACAGGUUCAGGGCAACCAAGCAAAUCAAACAGAACCGAUGCAAAUUCCAAUGCAUCUGGUGAUCUAGAACUUUCAACAGCAAGUCAAGAUUCGCACGAAGUCGACAGUGAAGAAAUAGCAAAUAACAAAAUAACUUCAGAUCAUAUUGAGGCUGGAGAUGAAGAGAAACAAGCAGUAGAAAAGAUGUACAAUAAUGUACAGGAGGAGAACGGUGUCCAAAGAAUGAGAUUCCUGGACCUGAAUGAACUUGCCCCAGGAACAGGUCUUGAUGAUGGCCCUACAACCAAAGAUGAAGAUGAGCAUAACUUCUAGGCAUUAUGCUAAUGAACAGGUUGGUUGCCUACUCGACCAUAUCUCAUCAUAUUGUUUUGAUAUCAGUCCGUGCAAAUGGGUGAUCCAAUUCUGCGCCUAUCAAUUCUCACAAGGUAAAGGUUGGUAGCCGGGAUAGUUUAUUAGCUAUCUCAUUCAGCUCCUAAUUUGGGACUGGAAAUCAAGACAUGUAGAUGGGAUGCUCAGACUCAUGGAUGCCUGAGUUUCAGCUUCACUAGUUGAUGGAAAUUUCUGAGAAAGGAAUUCAUUGUACAAUAUGUUUCAUGUACCAUAGCAGAUGAGCUGACAGGUUCAUAUUUCCUUGUUGCCUUCUUUGCCAUGUAGCGGCACUAAUGUUAAACAUCACCUUAGAGGAUAUUAAUCUUUGUAGCAAUUUUAAUGAAGAAAAUAGUCCAUGUGGCUAGAUCUCA